AUGUUCACCUUCUUCUCCCGAUCCCAAACAAGCGGAGGAAAAGGCGGCUGGCAGCGCAUCGGGCUCACCUCCGACUUCCCUGAUGUAGACUCUCCAGAAAACAAUGGCGAUUGUCGGGUGACAUCGCAAUGCAAGGCUUUUACGAUUCCGAAGACACCCACACCAGGCUCAAGUUCCGCCCCUGUGGAAGCGGAGAUUGAUGGUCCGCUGGAGGAUUUGAAGGAUCAGGUUCUUGUGUUCAAGUAUAAGGGGAAGAUGCAUGCUAUUGAUCAUCAAUGUCCGCAUUCCUCGUUUCCACUGUCGCAGGGAAGUCUGUUUGACAUUGAGGAUUUUGGAAUCACCCUGAGUGCGGGUAUAACAUGCCCUAAGCACGAUUGGUCGUUUGAUCUCUUUUCUGGACAGGCUGAUCGCGGGAAUUACAAGCUUAAGGUUUGGGAGGUACAGUUGCGGGACCUGCCUGCCCCGAAGGAUGGGGAGAACGAUGAGAAGGAGGUUUGGCUGGCGGUAUCGGCACCGCCAGAAUGGUGCUUGGGCUGGACCCAGGAAGCUGAUUCGAUGGAGACUGCAGUUCCUGCUGCAGAAGAAUCAAGAUGUUGGCGUAUGCUGAGGUUGGGAGCUGCCAGUCACAUUUGA